UUUUAAAAAAUAAUAAUUAUUAACAAUAAUUAGUAUGGCUACUAAGACAUCUACUAAUUCUCCUGGAACAAUCAAGAAGCUGGACAGUUAUAUUGAUGGGCUCAUCAAUUUCAAGCCAGCUGACAAUACAGAUAGGGCAGCUAUAGAUGCAGAUCCUUUUAAUUACAAUAUUAGUCUCAAACCCCUGCCAGAAGAUGAUGUGAAGGCUCUCUGCGAGAUGGCAAAGGAAAUCUUAUCCUCAGAGAGCAGCGUAGUCUCUGUUCCAGUUCCAGUGACCAUCUGCGGUGAUGUUCAUGGCCAGUUCUAUGACCUCAUGGAGCUUUUCAGAAUUGGAGGCGAACUUCCAGAGACAAAUUACCUGUUCAUGGGUGAUUAUGUUGAUAGAGGAUUUUAUUCAGUUGAAACAGUCACUCUCUUGGUCGCCUUCAAAGUAAGAUUCAAAGACAGAGUCACUAUCUUGAGAGGAAAUCACGAGUCUAGGCAGAUUACUCAAGUUUAUGGAUUUUAUGAUGAAUGCCUAAGAAAAUACGGAAACGCUAAUGUUUGGAGAUGCUUCACAGAGCUUUUCGAUUAUUUGCCACUCGCAUCUGUUGUUGAAGACCAGAUUUUCUGCCUUCACGGUGGACUUUCACCAAGUAUUGAUACUUUGGACCAGAUUAAACAACUCGAUAGAGUACAAGAAGUUCCUCACGAGGGGCCUAUGUGUGAUCUCCUUUGGUCAGAUCCAGAUGAUAGAUGCGGAUGGGGAAUCUCCCCAAGAGGAGCUGGAUACACCUUUGGACAAGAUAUAUCUGAACAGUUCAACCACACUAAUAAUCUAAAGCUGAUUGCAAGAGCUCAUCAGCUUGUAAUGAAUGGAUACAACUGGAGUCAAGAAAGAAAUGUCGUGACUAUUUUCUCUGCUCCAAAUUACUGUUACCGUUGCGGAAAUGAAGCUGCCAUUAUGGAGGUAGAUGAGCAUCUGAAGUACACUUUCCUACAGUUUGAUCCAGCUCCAAGAGUUGAGGAGCCCAAUGUGAACAAAAGAACCCCAGAUUACUUUUUGUAA